GAAUCAGCCCAGACUCAUAUCAAUUGAAACGCGAAUCGGAAACAGAAACGAUGAGAACGACAAUUGCGUGCGAGAGAUGCAGAAGAUCGAAAGUCAAGUGUAGACAUAAUGAUCAGCCCCCUUGUGCGGGCUGCAUAAAGAGUGGUUGUACCGAGACUUGUGUCUUGGGUGGUCCAGUGCUGGGUCAAAGCUCAGGGUCUAAAAGGCCUGCUAAAAGACAGCGGUUGAGUGUUGAUCUGAGGCAAACAGAUGUCUCGGGUGAUGUUUGGCAAGAUGUCAAUCAAGUCUUUGAACAGACGUCGCGAGCGCAAGUUAUCAGUGCUAUCAACUUAUUUAGGGCUCAAUUUCCCGAGUUUGGGUUUCUACAUCCGGAUGAUCUUGAGUAUCGACAAGAUGAGCUCAGUGUAGUUCAGAAGCUUCGGCUCCUCGUUAUUGUUGCAGUUUCACAUCGAUACUCGGAGUCUUACACCGCAGAUAUUAACAACAAGAACACUCUCUUUAUAGCCGGCGAGGCACAAAAGAGGAUGACGAGUGGUCCGAGUCUAGCUCUCAUUCAGACAUUCCUCAUACUAUCGCUCUGCAACUGGGGAGAUGGAGAUGGUUUUAAUGCGUGGAUGCAUUGUGGCAUUGCAACGAGAAUGGCUCAAGGGUUACUCAGCACUGGUUUCGCGAGCUGUGGCAAGAGAGAAACUCUGUCAGAGCUUGAGAAAAGAACCUUAUGGACAUGCUUCAAGAUGGACAGACUGUUGAGUUGCGGCAAGAGACGACAGGCUAUGUUCGCUGAUGGAGAUAUGCACUUCUCCCUUCCCGUUAACGACACCCAGUUCCUGUUCGGACAGAGCACUCAAUCUGCGCCGAUAGAUGAUAGUUUGAAGGCCUACGGGCCAGAUGAUCAUCUUGUCCUUCUCAUUCAAGGUUUACGUAUCUGGUCGAGAAUUCACACUUGGAUCGCUGAGGGCGGAAGAAGACAGCCUGGCAUGACUGAACCAGAGCAGUGCCCUUUCAAUGAUACUUCGGAUUGGAGUAAGAUGAAGCGGGACUUGAUCAAGUGGCGAGAUUCUCAGGAUACGCUGAUGAAGUAUCCUGCUACGAAGGUAUCGGUGCAUGCUCAGCGAGGACAGGCUGAGAGGUUUGGAUACAUCAACUUGGUCCACUACGUCAGUUUGCUCUUCCUCUGCCGUGAAUACAUCCCCUUCAGCCCAGUAGACGAAGUCAAACCCCGCGGCCCCAUCGAACCACCACUCCUCAAAGCCCGAGGCCCCGAUUCAUUCUGGCUCCAAAACGUCUUCGAUCUCUACGACGCAGCAUCCCAAAUAUCCUCUCUCCUCUCCGAUCUCGAACACGUCGGCUGUCCCCUCCGCACCCCCUUCUCAGGCCUAUGCGCCUUCUCCUCCACUCUCUGGAGCAUAUACGGCGCAGCGUUUCCCAACUUCAUGGGCUUCACGCCAAGUCAAACCGCCGACGCAGACGCCCAAGCUGAAAGGACUAUGGCUGUUUUAGUGAGAAUAGGCAAGGUUUGGAGAUUGGCGGAGGAGUGGAUUGAUGUUUUGAAUACGGCGAAGAGUAUCAUGACGAGGGUUAGUGAGGGGCGGAGGGUUAAGAGGUCGAGGUAUGAUUAUCCCGAGUUGGAGGAUUCUAUUCACCUUGCGCCGUUGCAGGGGAUGCCGAGACAGACGUUUGAUAGGCCGGCGGGGUUGGUGUCGGCGGAUGAUGGGUCGAAGUUGCAUCAGCUGGUGGCGAGUGAUGCUGAGCAGGGUUUGGAUACAGAUGGGCUCGUGUUUCUGGAGGAGACGAGUGGGAGUGAGUUUGUGGGUGAGGAUUGGUGGAGAUUACUGUCAUUCUGUGAUGAUCCGCAUCUCUUGUCGACGAGUAUGGAUAAUAUGGGUGACGAUAACGUAGCUUAGAAGUUUUGGAUCUAUUUUCGAUUGAUUAUGGAACUUAGUAUGCUCUUGAAAUAAACCUAUCGCGUAUCUUGGUGAGAAGAUAGUUUCAGUGCUGAAGCUGUUGUCUCAUUCGUUCGCGUCUCCUCGAAACCCG